GCCGCGGGUGGCUGGUCUAACGCAGUCCCUUUGAUUCCUGCACAGAUGUAAAUGAACGUCCCCACUGAAACUCGAGGUUUUGGCGUGAGGCUGGGGGAGUCUGGUGAGCUUUUACUGUUCAAGUGAAGAAAGUUGAAAGGCAGUGGCGCUGUUCGGAGAUGGAGUCCAACCCCCGCUCAGGUUAAUGAUAUUUCCAGCCUGUAGUCCUGGGUUCAGAACGCGAAGAAGUUUGUGCGCGAACACGAGGGACGCGAGUUCUGGAAGAGUUUCUCUGUCACAGGCGGCGUCAGCUGGAUUUUUUUGCAAUUUAAGACCAGAAAUGGUUGGUAGCUUGGAUUUGCCAAAUGUAAUCGACGGAGAUCCUCUGGAUAUGAGCUGCACCAGGACUGAUAGAGGACUCGAUAGCCCGGACUCUGGUUUACCCCCGAGUCCGAGCCCCAGCGCCUGGCUGCAGUCUGUGGGUGCAGAGAAAGCCGGUGGUGUGAACCUGGUGUCUGAGGAAGAAGGAAGGGCCUCCCUGAUUUCAGCUUCAACAAGUGGAAAUAUCCCACAACUGCAGCCUCUGUCCUUUGGGGAAGGCAUAUCCCUUGAUUUGUUACCAUCAAAAGAACUGAGAUACACAUCAUUUGUGAACUAUGACUCAGACCGUCACUUCAUCCAAAACGUGGCCCUCCAGCCGAGGGCCCAGGGCCUCCAACACUGCCAGCAGACAAUUGUGGUUUUACCGCACAGUACAUGGCGUCACUACAAGACCCAGCUGGACCUCCAGCCCCACCAUCAGCCCAACCGCUACAAGAGCACCACAAUCAUCUACCCCAAGAAAACUAGCACAGUCUACAUAACGGAGCUGAACUACGACUCCCAUCGACUGUCCAGGCGCUUCUUGUCCAGCGUGGAGCUGGAGGUGGCUGGGAGCAGGAGGCUGUUUCAGUGAAGGAGGAGAUGAAGGGGCAUCCUGUCCUGAUCUGUCCACUUAAGUUGCACUGAAAGUCAGUUCAAGCUCAUGUGUUUUUUUUUUUUUUUGUUUGUUUGUUUGUUUUUUUGUUUCCCAUCACAAAGAGAAACAUCUAUAGACAUGGUAAUUUUUUCUCUGGCCUAUUGUUUUGUUUCUAGCCCACCAGAGUUGUGGUUUCUGGGCUGGAGGUCGUCACAGUUAAACAAGCUAGGUCCUCCUCUUUGGGCUUUUUAAAAUCCAUCACUGAAACCUAAACAUCUACCAAAUGCUCUUAAAUUUUAGUCUCUUAUCAGAUGUUUUUGUGGUCCUGCUUGAUCAGAGAACGGAGCUUAUUUCUGGGAGGAGGUGGAUGCGUUUGCUUUGAAGCUUAAUGUUGAUGCUAGCGACCAACCUGCUGUUAUGUUUGUGUGUCUUCCUUGUAGUCGCUAUCCAAAACUGUGGAUAGGAAUGGAUCUGCUCUGGUACAGCAAAGAUGAGAAUUGAUUUUUACGAAGUUGGUCUUUUAUGCAUUUAUGGCCCGGUAGGUUUAUUGAAAGGACUAUUAAGUGCUCCUUUAUUAUGUGAGAAGAUUUUUUUUUUAUCUAGGGACAAACUCAACUCAUCUUGCACCAAGAUGAGUUUUUUCCAUUAGCACAUCCACUAUCAUCUGAUCAAGCACUCAAAGUAUUUUAAUGUCUUUAAAGAUUUAUUAACUUUUUAAAGAUGCAACAGGGCUUUUAAUUGGCCUAUGUGUCAGUCUAAUUAGUUUUGACAUGAGAGGGCUGUUGAACAGAUUACUUUGGACUUCAUAGGUAAUAGAUGAGAUCCACAUAGUGUGUAGGUGAAAUCCUUUUCCUAGACUUCCAGGUUCUUAAUCUGUUUUUAUUUGCAGAAUAUUUUCAAUGUACGCGGCGUAGUGCAGCGCUCUUCCAUCCCUUUUUAUCAACAUUCAUCUGCACAUCCAGUUCAUGUGAUGUAAAUGCUUUGAAGAUGUGUUUGUUUCCAGUGUGUAAAUUUAAAUUGACCCUGUAGCACAAAUGGCACCGUAUUUAGGUAUUUACUAAUAAUACCAUAAAUCACUGGCUUACUGCAUUCCACUACUAAUUGUGGUGUGACUUUUUUUUCUUUUUUAAUUUUUAUUUAUUCUGAGUGAGUUUUUAAAAACUAAUUAACAUGCUCUUUCCACUGUUAUUCGUGUUAUUUUGAAAUGCCUCCUGUGCCUUAUUCAUUUCCAUCACUUGGUUGAUGUCUGAAUAAAAUAAACACUUAUUCAAUA